AUGAUCGCAGUUAUCUUGUUAUUUGGUGCCGCUAUUUUAUUUCUUAUUUACCUUAAUGGUAAAUACAAUGAAAUUUACUGGAAACGACGGAAUGUUGCUUUUCACCCUCGAAACAAAGUAACUGGAGUCUUCUGGGACUUUCUAACAAAGGAUAAGGCCUUAUUUGAACACCUGUGUGAAUUGUAUAAGGAGCAUCGAAGUGAGCCAGCGGUUGGAGUUGGUUCAUUACUGACGCCGACUUUGUAUGUUAUCGAUCCAAUUAAUAUUCAACAUGUUUUAUCAUCGGAUUUUAACUCUUUCAAUCACCGAGGACUGGAAACUAAUGAGAGCGAUCUUCUCGCAGAUAAUAUUCUUUUUAUGAAUGGAAAUCGAUGGAAACUAAUGCGACAGAAUAUGACUCCGCUAUUUACAUCUUCCAAGCUAAAAUCGAUGUACUAUAUAAUCGAUAAGAGUGCUGUAGAUUUUGUAACUGAAUUGAAGAAAAAUCCUCAAUUUUUAAAAACUGAUACAUUUGACACAAUAUCUACAUUUUGCAGCGCUGCAAUAGGGGCAGCCGUGUUUGGCGUUAGUUCAAAAUCAAUUUUCGAUUCUCCUUUACUUGAUAUGGCGAGAGACGCUAUCCAACCCACUUUGAUGAAGAAUUUUAAGUUUGCUCUUGGAAGCUUAAGUACCCCAUUAUUUAAAGCUUUUAACGUUAAUAUUUUUACAGAACAUGAAAAGUUCUUUAUUGGUACUAUAAAGAAAAUAUUGAGAGAACGAGAAAUUGAAAAUACAAAAAAACAUGAUUUUGCUGAUUUGUGCAUUCAAAUUCAAAAGGCUGGUAAUAUGUUUGAUAAAAGUACGGGCUUAGAGUUAAGUCCAACUGAUGAGCUGUUAGCUGCACAAGCUUUCUUUUUCUUCGUUGCUGGAGUAGAACCAACAGCAACCGCAAUAUUUUCAACCCUAGUUGAGUUGGGACGCCAUCCAGAGUAUUUAGCGAGAGCUCAUAAAGAAAUCGAUGAAUAUUUUCAACUGAAUAACAAUCAAAUAUCUUACGAUGUUGUUAAUGAAAUGAAGUUUCUAGAUAUGGCAUUGAGUGAGGCAAUACGUCUACAUCCUCCCAUAGGUUUCUUAACAAGACAAUGCAUAAAAGACACAGUCCUUCCGGUCGGCAAUAUAAAGGUAGAUAAAGGAACAAAGAUUUUUACACCAAUUUUUGAAAUUCACCAUGAUGAAAAAUAUUUUGCCAAUCCUGAAGUAUAUGAUCCUGAAAGAUUUUCCCCAGAAAAUAAACAUACCAUAGCUGAUUCAACGUACAUGCCGUUCGGGAAAGGUAAUAGAAUUUGUGUUGGUAUGAGAUAUGCCAGUCUUCAAACUAAGGCUGGCCUGAUACAUUUAUUGCGUCACUAUUCAGUGAAAAGUACUAUUAAAGAAGGAGGAAUCAGGUAUAAAAAAGAGCAGGUACAGGUGCGACUUAUUAAUGUAGACGUAGAAUUGAUACCAAGGCAACACAUCAAGUAG